AUGGCUAUAGACCCUGUGACAGAGACUGCCUCCAUGUCAGCAUCAUGUUUUCUUCUCUUGGCCACAGUAAUUGCUAUGGCUUAUUAUUACUAUAACCAAAAGGCAACUCAAGAGACAUGGAUACAGUAUGGCGUGAAAGAACCGAAGCUAUCGUUGCUAUUUUCUCUCGGCGAAGAUUUCAGGUAUAACUUCUCUCAUCUGUUGAACCAGUAUGGAGACACAGUUGGUCUUCGAAACAAGUCCGGGCUGACUCUCCUCACAUCAAACCUGAACCUCAUGAAGCACAUUCUUGUGAAGGACUUCAACAACUUUGUGGAAAGAUCCGACAAUUUAGUGUCCAGUUCUCCUUUUGUAAAAUCACUCUUCUUUGCUAAACAAAAGGAAUGGAAACGACAUCGACAGAUUGUUUCCCCUACUUUUAGCAGUGGCAAAUUGCGGCAUAUUGCUUCUACAGUUAACAAAUCAGCACAAUCCUUGACAGAUUACCUGGCAAGCUGUGCUAGGCUCCGUAAAUGCGUACCAAUAAAGGAAAUCACCGCGCAAUACACGGGAGAAAUAAUUGCCAAAACGGCAUUUGGACUGGAUGCCAAUUUUAUUGGGCAAGAAGAGCACGAGUUUCUUCAUCACGCGAAAACUAUGAUACCCCCACUCUUGGGGAAAGAACGAUUGAUCUUUAAACUGUUGGACUGCAUACCUUAUGCGAUCAAAAUCUGCAAGAAGAUUUUCUAUAACGUUCAGUUCUUUGAUCCUAUCAGCUUGCCAGCCAAUGCAUAUUUUGAAACAAUACUAAACGACGCUGUGAGAGAAAGGAAGAAACAACAGCAAGAAGGGAUCAAGAAAAGGCAUGAGGAUUUUCUUGAUCUGCUUCUGAAAACUAAUGAGGCCGCCAAACAGGGUACAGUUGUAGAAGAAGAAGAAGCAGAAGAUGAUGAUCAGGCAGAUACAAAGAAAGCUUGGCAAGGAGCAGUGAGUGCACUGUCGGACGAUGAAAUUCUCGGCCAUUCGAUGUUGAUAAUCUUCGCCGGGAUGGAGACGACGGCGACAACGCUGCAGCUAUGUCUGUAUCAGCUAGCCGUAAACCAAGAGAUCCAGGAGAGAGUACACCAAGAAAUUCAAGAGGUUGUCAGUUCGCAGGAUCCUUCCCAAGAAGAACUGAGCGAGCUUCACUACGUUGAACAGGUUAUCAACGAAACCUUGCGUUUACACCCACCAGCACCUCUGGUCAACAGGCGAGCUCUGGAAACCAGAACAUACGACGGAGUUACGAUACCCAAAGGCGCAGCUGUGAUUCUCCCUUACUAUCACAUUAUGACAGAUCCCAAGUUCGAUUUUCUCCAGAACAGAAAGAUCAAAAGAGAUACCAUGGCUUUCAUCGCGUUUGGUCAUGGUCCGAGACAAUGUUUGGGAAUGAGGUUGGCUUAUCUGGAGCUGAAGGUGGCCUUAGUGCACAUCCUGAGAAAGGUUAAAGUUAUACUAAACAAAAGCACAGUGCCGACGUUGGGUGAAAAGAUUAAGUUUACACCGCAGGGUUUGUUGAUUCCGGUAAAACCAAUUAUGCUGAUGUUUGAGCUCAGAGGCUAA